UACUCGUGAAAUACAAACUUUCAAUGUCAGGCCUAAUCAUGCGUUCUUCAGUUUAAUUUAUAAUUUAUUCAGACCUGUUCAUCUAUCGCAGACAUUUAUAACGGGGGAUUAUGGAUACGUUUACAGUACAAAGGCUUCCACCAGGCUUUAUUAUCACGGCCCUAUCAAAACGUCAUAAAUAGCCUACAUUCGCUGUCAAUUUAUUUUUUAACCAAUAUCGCUCCAGCUGAGCGAUAAAUUUGAUUUAUUUCAAAGAAUUGACGGGAACUAGAUAUAGCGAUUCGGACAUUUGUUUGGACUUUUACUACUUUUUUCAACACACGGCUCUCUUUGAACAUUUCUAUACGUAUACAUACUAUAAAGGCGAUGAAAUAUUGAAUAGAAUAUUUCAGGUUUAAAUCACUUUUGUAAUAAGCAGUCAAUACUGUCGAUAAAUUGAACUGCAUAUCGCUGGGAUUGAAACAAACUUGAACGCGGCAUCACGUCAAUGUGCUGAAGCGAUUUGUUACCGAACAGGAUGAAAACCUUAUUAGCUCUGGAACUAUGGUUUAAAACGAAAGCAUGAUUGUAUUGUAGACAUAAUAUAUAGCGGUUUGAUUUUUAUACAAAAAAACUAUUAGGAAUGAAGGAGAUUAUCGUAAUUUUUGUUAUACAGUUGCUGAGGAUUCCAUUUGCUGAAUCUCUGCCACCUGUAUUUUCCGGUCUUCCCAGCUCCAUCACUCUGAUAGAGAGCGAAACCGGAAGUAGCACGACCUCUCUCUACACACUCACGGUCUCCGAUCCCGAGGGCGACACAUUUUCCUGCGUCAUUAGCGCCAUUAGCCCCACCGUAACAGGGUUCCAAGUCACUGGAGAAAAACUGUACCUGCUGUCUAACCCGGGCUUUGACUAUGGCACCACUUCCUCCUACGCCAUUAGUUUCCAAUGCAAUGACUCCAACGGGGAAAACUCGGCAACUCAGACCCUGACUGUCAACAUCCUCCCCAACACCCCACCCACGAUUUCCGGUCUCCCCUCCUCCGUCACCGUCAAUGACGGGGAGGACGGACCCCUCAAGAUCUAUGACAUCAGCGUCACCGAUGUCGAAAGCGACUCUUUCUCAUGCUCUAUUUCACCUACUGGAACUCCCUUUAAUUACCAGUCAUCACCAGGGCACGCUAUCUUUGUGAACAGUGCCCCGGGUCUAGAUGCCACCACAACUCCUUCCUACGCACUAACCAUAACUUGCGCAGACAGCUACGGCUCAUCACAGGGCACACUGACCGUCAACGUAGUGGCGAACGCGCCUCCCGACAUCACCAAUCUACCCGCCUCCACCACCGUUCAGGAGAGCGCCGCGGGCGGAUCCAGCAUCUUCACCGUGACGGUGGCGGAUCCAGACAGUGACACAUUCAGCUGUACAAUGACCAGUUCCCCAGCCUCAUCAGCUUUUUCACUACUGUACACCACUAAAUACGACAUCAACCUUAACACUGGGCACGGAUUGGACCCCACCGUGACCAGCUCCUACACACUGACUGUCACGUGCACGGACAGUAACGGGAAAUCCUCGUCCUCUAGCCUCACGGUCACUGUGUCCCCGAAUGCUGUCCCCGUGAUCACGAACCUACCCGACGUGACCAGCGUCAGCGAAAGCGAGACGGCAAAAACGGAACUUAUAGCACUGACCGUAACCGAUGCGGAGUCUGAUUCAUUCACAUGCUCCAUAACAACAACAGGACCAUUUUCAAUGGAAUUCGUUUCGUCAAAGUAUAGAAUAUUCCUGAACGCUGCCCCUGGGUUAAGCUAUACCACGACAUCGUCAUAUACUAUACCAGUCACAUGUUCAGACAAUUACGGCACGAGUGCAGCUGCUUCACUAACCGUGAACGUUGUUGCUAACACCGGACCUAUUAUUUCCGGUCUUCCCGCUUCCGUUUCCGUCACAGAGAGUGACACCGGUGGCAGCAGUAUUUACACCCUGACUGUUACAGACCCGGAUCCCUACACUUGCUCCAUCCAGUCCUCAACUCCGACUACCACGUUUUUUUCAAUGGUGAAAACAGGAGCACAAUAUGAUGUUCAUUUGAACACCGGCCAUUCCCUGGAUGCGGACAGUGUCUCAUCUUACGCCCUGACAUUACAGUGCUCUGAUGGAACAGCCUCUACCGGGGUGUUGACCGUCAAUGUACAGGCGAACACACCCCCUGACAUCACUAGUCUUCCCGCCACUUCCAGUGUAGCGGCCGGGGAGGCCGGGGGUCGUACCCUACACACCCUCGCUGUGACAGAAACUGAUCCGUACACGUGCACUAUGUCUAGUUCGCCGACAAGCGCCAUGUUUACGUUAAACUUUGCUGCAUCAACGUACACUGUUGAACUGGCAAAUAAUCCAACAUUUGGCGGCACGUCAUCGUUCACACUAACCGUAACGUGUUCUGAUAGCUGGGGGUCGACGUCCAAAGCUCUGACCGUCACGGUGACCCCGAACUCUCCUCCCGUCAUAACCGGGCUCCCAACGACAGUCACCGUCACUGAGACUGAAACAGCAGCAAGAUGUCUACACACAGUGGCAGUCACCGACCCGGAAGUACCUAUCACGUGUGCUGUGACGUCAGCUCCUGCUGGUCCGUUUGAAAUGGUUCAAAACCCAGCCACGCCUUCAUAUGAGGUGUGCCUGAUGUCAAACGCAAUAACAAGUUUAGAUGCAGUGACGGCACCAACACAUGACGUCACCGUUACCUGUACCGACAGUGCAGGGGGGUCAGCUAGUGCAAUAUUGUACGUUGACGUAACACAAAAUGAUCCACCAGUUAUCACUGGAUUGCCUGUUACAGUGCAGGUAUUGGAAAAUGAAGUUCUGGAGCGCAAACUUCACGAUUUAACCGUGACUGACCCGGAAAGCGACACGUUUACAUGUGUUCUAACAACUAGUCCGGCGGGUGGACCGUUUGAUUUGAGACGAGAUGCCGUCACUCUAGCGUACUCUGUGUAUCUGGAUAACCUCCCGACCCUGAGCUACAGUACAGUACCAAGUUACACUCUUACCGUAACUUGUACAGACUCGCCCAAAGGUCGCUCAACGUCAAACACGAUACAAGUCGACAUCCAGGAAAACAGACCCCCAACGCUGACCAAUCUUCCGGCCACUGGCACCACCAACGCUAUGACGACCCUGAAAUCCGGCUCUAUAUUUACGGUGACCGGGAAUGAUUUGGAUUCAGACACCAUUCUAUACAGUAUGAGAACCUCCCCCACCACGACCAGUUUCGCCAUUAAUCAGGUGACUGGGGAAAUAACUGCCACCCAGGACCUCAAGUACGAACUGACGUCAAGCUUUGUUUUCAACGUCACGGCUUCAGAUUCUCGUACUUCGACGCAUGCGCUCUACACGCUAACUCUCACAAAUAUCAAUACAAAGCCGACCAUUAGUAGUUUGGUUUUGAACGGAGUGGACAAUUUGUAUUUUCCGGAGCUGACGACGGCGGCCGGGGCGACAUUGUACACUCCUACAAUAUAUGAUCCAGACACCGGUCAGACGCAGACCGUGACCAUUAACGUCUACCCAGCCGGACAGACUGAUAUGUUUACUGUCGCCACCGGAAAUACCAUUGCGCUUGCAGCAGGAAAAUCCUUUGAUUAUGAGACAUUGAAUUAUUAUCGGCUAGCUCUAUACGUUACUGACACUAUGGCCACUUCCGGACCAUAUUAUCUCAAUAUCCAUGUUCUGGAUGAUCCGGAAGUCUGUAAAUUUCCGCAAAAUUUGUACAGAUACGACACAUAUGAGGCUGGUAUUGGGGGUGGUAACAUUGACUUGGGGUUCCACGCCCUGGUGGAGGACGUCGAUAACCCAGACAGCCUCACUUUCAGCCUGGUGACCUCCACCAACAGCAAUCUGUUCAACAUUAGCAAAACAACGGGCGUCAUCACGUACGCCGUGGAUUACGAUAUUGACAAGACGCACCCCCAAAAUAUCUCAGUCAUCGUGAAAUGCACGGACACAUUCGGCGAAACAGGUACUGCCACGGUUUCUCUCUACAUCAAAGACGUCAAUGACAACGAACCGGAUUUUACGUCAUCGGGUUACGUCAUGGUGGUGAGCCAGUACACACAGCCGGGGGCUUUAAUCGGGAGAGUAACCGCUAAUGACAUCGAUCAAAACGAGAACGCUGAAGUGGAAUACGACGGAAGUUCCGCCACAGGGUCUCAGUACUACAAAGUCAUGAAAAAUGGCCAGAUCUAUCUGACCCGUGAAAUAAAUUUUGAGUAUGGUAUGACGCAUCGUGUCUACGUCACUGCCGUGGACCAUGGCUCUCCUCAGCUGACCGGGACGUCAUACGUGGAUAUCGUCUACCGCGAGACUUCCACUACCUCCACCACAACGCCUGCAUCCACGUACCAGGACUGGUGGAGCAAGCCGGAAAAUGUGGCCAUGGUGGCCAUUUUGAGUAUUCUCGGCUUGCUGUUGCUAGCUCUUCUUGCCUACCUGAUCUAUCGCUGCUGUUUGGGGCGAUCCUGUUCAAUGCCAAAUUGCGACUGUUGUAAACGUAAACCAUCCAACAAUCUCCGAAAGUUAAAGAACCCAGGACCUGAGAAAUUUAAACUCUGGGAUGCCAACGACUUGAACAAAAAGAGGGACCCCUAUUCGACUGCGACAUUAGAAGAAGGGUUACCGGAGACGAUGAAAAUGUGACGUAAUUAUAUGACGUCAAUCGUGUUUACUAUUUUGAUAUGAUUUACGUAGCAGUUAUAUGGGCCAAAUGUUUUGUAUGAAUUGUAUUGAUGUUUACCAGAAUUUGACUUGCGUAUAUGAUGGAUAUUUUUUUAUACUAUUGUUAAUUGUGUAUAUUUAAAAUAUAAACAAUUUUAUACAA